AUGUCCGACCUUACUACAACACCAGAAUCUCCCCAAAGUGGAAACAACAUCAUAGCCAACAUAUCUUCAGGUUCCACAGAAGCUAUGUCUUUGUAUCUCCCAGCCUUCGUCGUUGACUUUAUCACCACAUUAAAUUACAUCUUCUUAAUAGAAAUAUUCGCCGCGUUUGGACUCGGGACCAAUGUUGUGAACAUCAUCGUGUUCACGAGGCAAGGAUUCCAGGAAACUGUGAACAUCACUCUGGUGGCGCUAGGUGUAGGAAACAUGGGGGCGCUGUUUUAUGCCAUGGGGUUCUUUAUGCUGAGUCCUUGGUUCCUUCACGCUGGUCUCCCUUUCCUUCAGAUUGAUUUCUUAACAGUAGUAGUUAGCUACCCGCAUACGUAUUUUAUUCGUGUUUGUGGUUUCAUCAACGCUUUCUCUUCAUUUUCAAGAUGCAUGUGUGUUGUUUUUCCUUUACGUUUCAAGAGUAUAAUCUCUAAACCUGUAGUAUGGGCAUUCAAUACAGGCGUGUUUGUCGUGUGUUUGUUGUGUAUAGUUCAUGCUUUCUUUUUGACCUACUUUGAUGACGUUUUCGUCCCAUCAAGAAACAAAACUAUCAUUGCAUCACGGUAUCGUUUUAGCCCUGAAAUUCUAAAAAUUUGGUACUUGGUAAGCGACCUUGCUGUUCCUAUCUCGUAUUACAUAAUCAUCGUCGUCAGCAACAUCGCUAUCGUCCUCAAAUUGAAAGUAAAAGCUGAAUGGAGAAAAUCAACUGCAACAAAAUAUCUCCCAGAAAAUCAAAUAUCGCAGAAAGAUAAAAAAGUAACCCGGAUGCUGAUUAUGAUUUCCAUGGUGUUCGCCAUUUGCCAGACUCCAAUAAUAAUGAUCUACACAGCAUCAGCGUUGGAGCGAGAGCUAACAUUUCGUGGAAAAUACUCGAAUGUUCUAAUUCUUAAUUCAAGUUUUGUUAUACUGUUCGACGUCAUCUUUGGUAGUGUGGACAUCUUUAUUUAUUACAACAUGAGCACUAAGUUUAGAAAUACUUUUUUAGAACUUUUUGCUUUACAAGACCUCACACAAAAAUUGAGGUUUCAAAGAGUUGAAUAA